UGCGCGUGGUCCCUCCCCCUCAGGUCGCGGUUGCGAUUACGCUCUCUACGGCCUGUAGCCGGAGGGCAGUUGCGGGCGGAAGACACGGCGCCGACUGGAACCAGAGGAGCUCUAGGCCAAAUGGUUGGGCCAGCCAGGAUCCCAGGACCCUUCGCCGCCCGAGACCGGAGAGAGGAAACGAAACAGGCGGGAAACCGUGGGGGAGGGAGGGAACUAGCGGAAGGUGUCAUGGCGGCCGCGCUCUUGAGUCACGUGCAUAGGGCCCGCCUUGCUACUUCCGGUCACGUGCCCUCGGACUCUCGCAGCCAGCGAUGGAGCCGAGACCCCCCAGUAACAGAGGCGGUGGCAACUCCUGCGGCCAGUGGGUUUCAGCUUCUUCCCAGCAGCGGCUCUAAGAAGCGCGGCGGAACUCGACCGGAUCCAACCCAGUUAGUUACUUCCUGUCUGGAGUUGUAGCUUCCACCUGUAGAGACGGGAUUUCACCAUGUUGACCAAGCCACUCAGCCGACUUGUAGCAGUGCAGCAGAUUGCACCUUCUAGCCACCAUGGCAACCUCAUCUGAAGAAGUUUUGCUGAUUGUAAAGAAAGUGCGUCAAAAGAAGCAGGAUGGAGCCCUAUACCUCAUGGCAGAAAGAAUUGCUUGGGCACCUGAAGGCAAAGAUAGAUUUACAAUCAGCCAUAUGUAUGCAGAUAUUAAAUGCCAGAAAAUUAGUCCAGAAGGAAAAGCUAAAAUUCAGCUUCAGCUGGUCCUACAUGCAGGGGACACAACUAACUUCCAUUUUUCCAAUGAAAGCACAGCAGUGAAAGAGCGAGAUGCAGUAAAGGACCUUCUUCAGCAGCUGCUGCCCAAAUUCAAGAGGAAAGCAAAUAAAGAACUGGAAGAAAAGAACAGAAUGCUGCAAGAAGAUCCUGUUUUGUUUCAGCUUUAUAAAGACCUUGUUGUGAGUCAAGUGAUCAGUGCUGAGGAAUUCUGGGCCAAUCGUUUAAAUGUGAAUACAACAGAUAGUUCUUCCACAUCCAAUCAUAAGCAGGAUGUUGGCAUUUCUGCUGCAUUUCUGGCUGAUGUCCGGCCCCAAACCGAUGGCUGUAACGGUCUAAGAUAUAAUUUAACUUCUGAUAUCAUUGAGUCCAUAUUUAGGACCUAUCCAGCAGUAAAAAUGAAAUAUGCAGAAAAUGUUCCCCACAACAUGACAGAGAAGGAAUUCUGGACACGUUUUUUCCAGUCCCAUUAUUUUCACAGGGAUCGCCUGAAUACAGGGUCAAAGGAUCUCUUUGCAGAAUGUGCCAAAAUAGAUGAAAAAGGCCUAAAAACAAUGGUUUCAUUAGGAGUGAAAAACCCACUACUAGAUUUAACAGCUUUGGAAGAUAAACCAUUAGAUGAGGGCUAUGGCAUUUCCUCUGUGCCAUCUGCUUCCAAUUCUAAAUCCAUAAAAGAGAAUAGUAAUGCUGCCAUCAUCAAGAGAUUUAACCAUCACAGUGCCAUGGUCCUGGCAGCUGGACUCAGAAAACAAGAAGCACAAAAUGAACAAAAUAGUGAGCCCAGCAGCGUGGAUGGAAAUUCUGGAGAUGCAGACUGCUUUCAGCCAGCAGUCAAAAGGGCGAAAAUACAAGAGUCCAUUGAAUAUGAAGACUUGGGGAAAAAUAACUCUGUAAAAACGAUUGCACUAAACCUCAAGAAGUCAGAUAGGUAUUAUCAUGGUCCAACUCCCAUCCAGUCACUACAGUAUGCAACAAGUCAGGACAUUAUUAAUUCUUUUCAAAGUAUUAAACAAGAAAUGGAAGCUUAUACACCCAAGUUAACUCAGGUUCUCUCAAGUAGUGCUGCCAGUAGUACCAUCACAGCACUGUCACCUGGAGGGGCACUUAUGCAGGGAGGAACACAGCAAGCCAUAAACCAGAUGGUGCCAAAUGAUAUUCAGUCUGAAUUGAAACACUUAUAUGUAGCUGUUGGAGAACUUCUACGGCAUUUCUGGUCCUGCUUUCCUGUUAAUACGCCAUUCCUAGAAGAAAAGGUAGUGAAAAUGAAAAGUAAUUUGGAACGAUUCCAAGUUACGAAGCUCUGCCCAUUCCAAGAAAAGAUUCGGAGACAGUAUUUAAGCACAAAUUUGGUAAGUCACAUAGAAGAGAUGCUCCAGACAGCCUACAACAAGCUCCACACAUGGCAGUCACGGCGUCUGAUGAAGAAAACGUGAGGUGGCCAUGAUGCUCACAGGUUUUGUGAGAUUGAGAGAACUAUGACCUGCAGCAACUCUGGAAACCUGGCCUGACAGACAAGCAGAUGACCUCACAGGAGUGAUAAGAAACAUCUGCUCCACGCCAGCUCCCAGAGCUGAUGCUAUUGUACUCUUGCACAUUGGGGACUGAAAGGAAAGAAGGGACUAAAUGCUGGGGAGGUAAAUUAAGGCAGAACCAAAUGAGCUACGUUGCAAAUAUAUAUAUAUAUACACACAUAUAUAUAUGUACAUGUGUAUGUACAUAUAUAUAUUUUAAAAGACUGUUUACUGCAGUUACUCAGGAACUGCUUUUGAUUGACAUUAAGCUGCUUUCAAAAAUUUAAAAAAAAAAACUUUUUAAAGGGUGCAUUGAUAAAAUUGAGGUUUUUUUGGUUGUCGUUUUUUUCCAUGUAAACUUUUUUCCUAAGUUUAUGACACAGGGUAGACCUUAAAUAUUCCUCCUCCAUCCUUCAUCCUCCACCCUCCAUUGGAUCCUCAAGUUUUAAUGAAUUCCAAUUAUACCUUACAUCAGCAAGUUAAAAAGAGUACUUUAAAAUAAAGCAAAGGGAGACUGUUGCUCAACCAUCAGGAAACAGUUGUCAGAAGACAUCAUUGGUCCUGUGUUUCCUACGGAAAUAAGAAACAAAUAUUGCACUGAAUGUUUGUGGUUUGGAGUCCCUGAAUAAUAAAGAGGGAACAUAUUUGCAGAAAGUUGCAUAGGGUUUUUUAAUGCAGAAUUUUGUCAGAAGACAAUGGCGCUGCAUGUUUUUCUUUGAGUGCAAAUGUACAUUGCUAAGAUUUUUUUUAAGAUGGCAUGUGCUUUGAAAAGAGGAUAUUGCAUUUUUAAGAGUUUAAAAAUCUUAUGAGUGAGAAAUAUAAAAAAAUAUUAUUUUCACCUCUUUAGAAGAAAUAAAAGAUGUUUCUCCUAUCUCCUUUUCUCUAGUAUUUGACUGUUAACUGUCCUUGGCGAAUCGAUAAUCAUUGCAUAGUGACUGAAAAGCCUAAGUGCAAAAAAAAAAAAAAUGUUCUUGUUUCUGGAAUUCGUGCCAUAUUUUGUUCCUGAUGGGAUCAACUUACUGUUUAAGACUUUAGAUGUCUUGUAUUAAAAAUUACACAAAAAAGUAAAACUUUUUAUACUUACUCUUUUAACUC